AUGUCUGUAUCCCGUCCGUCUCCUGGGUCGACCACCCCGACGCCUCCGCAGACCAACACCGAGACCCGAACAUCACAGUCCGCGUCAUCAACGCCGCGCGCGUCUGUUGAGAAGCCUGACCUUGCCAAGCCGCUGUCGCCGUCGUCCGAGCCUCUGUCGUCGCUGCUGCAGGACGCGCUGUCCUCAUCGUUACCACAUGACAGUCCCAAGACACCCAGCCCGUCAUCUACACCGCGCCCCUUCACACCUCCCAACAGCGUAACACCGCCCCCGAAGGCACACCAUGCACCCGUGAACCGGUCGAAGCGGGCGCUGCCGUCGCACCAGCGGCCGCGUCUCGUGUCGCGCUUGUCGCGUUCAUCCUCCACCACUGGAACGACGUACGCGAAUGCCGAGGACGACAGCCACACGCGGGCCCGAGUGCACGACCAUGCGCACGCCCACGAGCCGUCCAGUGCGACGAUUAAUGAAAUCCAGCGCCGGCUUUCGUCGGGCGGUACGCCCCUCUCGCCAGGCACUAGCAUGUGGGCGAUGGAUUACGCGCACCAGCACACGAGACUAGAGUCCUUCCCUGACCUGGACCCGAGGACGGGACUGCCCAAGUCGCCCGAUAUGAGGACGAGCGACGCACGGUUACAGAUCCAGAGGACGAUAUCGGAGCUUUCGUCGCACGAGGGCGAGGUCGACGACGAGCCGCAGAUGAGCCUGCCGCUCGUUGGGUCGGUGGCGCUGCCGCGAUCGCCCUUCGACGUUGGACGGCGAGCGUUCAGCACUAGCGUGUCCGCGAGCCAGGAUUUCAGCAAGGAUAUCAGCAAGUGGGCGAAGAACUGGCUGCCGGGCACAUCGGUCAGCAAGGAGCACGUCGACUCGAUCCUGAGCGAGGACGACCAGGCGCCGACAGCGGAGCAGGAGCAGGAGCACAUCAACAAGAAAUACGAGACGCCAAAGAACCCGCUCGUGUUCUGCCACGGAUUGCUCGGGUUUGAUGUGCUCGGCCCGCGCAACAUUGCGCCGAUGCAGAUCUCUUACUGGCGCGGCGUGCGCGAAGUGCUGGAGAGCAACGGCGCCGAGGUCAUGAUCUGCCGUGUACCGGCGACGGCGAGCAUCAAGGACCGCGCGACGAUCCUGAUGGAGCAGAUCGAGAAGCAGUACGAGGGCCGCACCGUGAACCUGAUCGGGCACUCGAUGGGCGGCCUCGACUGCCGCUAUCUGAUCUCCGUGCUGAAGCCGACCAAGUUCAGCGUGUGCUCAUUGACGACGAUCUCGACCCCGCACCGCGGCAGUCCGUUUGCCGACUAUGUCAUUGACAAUGUGAUCGGGCGCGACCGUCUCCCGCAGCUGCUGGGCAUGAUGGAGUCGCUGAAUCUGCCCAACUCGGGUGACGGCUCUGCGUUCGCGGCGCUCGGUACACGUGCAAUGCGGGUCUUCAACACGGAAGUCAUCGACGACCCGAACGUGCACUACUAUUCGUGGGGUGCGUCGUGCGACCCGGGGCUCCUCGACACGUUCCGCUGGCCCCACAACGUCAUCUACGCCAAGGAGGGCCCGAACGACGGUCUCGUGUCCGUCUACUCUGCCCGCUGGGGUGAGUACCGCGGCACGCUGCUCGGCGUGAAUCACCUCGAGAUGGUGGGCUGGGUCAACGCCAUGAAGAACAUGUUCUCCAACCUGACUGGCAACCCGGUCAGCUUUAAACCUGGAACUUUCUACCUUGAGAUUGGCUUUUAG